AGUUCUAUUGCGCAGGGAAGCACAAAAGUGGAUGGUAAGUUAUUUACUGUGCGGGUAAGUUUCGUUGUUCAAUAACGAUGUCCUCUUAAACUAUCUUCAAACCUUCCAUCAGGGAAAAUAAGUUUGUGCUCAUAGAUGAGGGCGGAGAAACCUACCAGUGAUAACACUGAAUUAAAAAAAUAAAUCAAAAACAACCAAAUUAAAAUAAAACAAACAAACAAACAAACAUACAGAAACAAAUCUUAGGAUAAAUUUCUUUCGAGUAGAACAUAACAUAGAGGAGCCCGCAAUCCUAAUCUGCGGGUUGCUAUUGAGCAUGCGUCGGAUGUACGUAGCCAGCAUUCGUUUGGACUUUCACUAAAAAUGAAUGGAAUGUACAUAACGCCAUUUUAUCACUCGCGUUUGGACCUUCUAUCGCUCGUAAUCUGAUCACGCGUUUUUCGACCAUCUAUCACGUGAAACUUACGCAAAGCACAGCGAUAGAGCAAAAGCCUUUUGAUCUUCGAUCGUUGUCGCCCGCACCCUGUAACCUUUGGUUAUUACUAGUCAUUAGUAUUAAUAAAGAGGUGAGAGGGGUGGGGGUCCUCAUUUUUUGGUAGUGGGCAGGGGGCGGGAAGGAGUAGGUGAUCCCACUGAUAAAAAUAUUCGAUAAUUGGAGGAGCAAGAAAUGUUACUAAGUACAACAAGCCAGCGGAAGAAAUUGAAAGGAGAGGAAAACACCGAUGAACUGGAACUACAGCCCAUAAUUAUUCUCAGAAUCUUUCCAGAUAGAAUAGAACCACUGCAAUAGAAUAGCAGUAGAAUAGCACCAUAGCAAUCGAUGGAAUUUCCGGUUUCACUGUGUAAAUGGCUAAGUUAUAAAGUCUCCUAUUUUCAGUGUUAUAUUUUGUUCGGCUUACAGCACCUUUGGCGCCUGUAAACCAUGACGUCCACCUAAUCGAAACAAAAGGAACAUCUGUGAAUGUCACGGUGUGGCAUGCAUUACAAACCAAUGGUCCCAUCAGGUAUGAGUCAUCUUAUAAACCCUUGAAAAUAUUAUACAACUGUAAACAAGUACAUAAAGAGAAAAUCUUACACAUGGCUGACGUAAAUGGAAAUUUUUUCUUUGCUUCGCCUUUACUAUUAAAAUAAUAUUCUUCAAAAUGUCACAGUUCAGUGACGAAUUGAUUGCACUUAAAGACUUGCAAACCAAUUGUCUCUCUGAAUCAUGUUGCCGGCCGGAUCGUUGUGUGCGAUAGUGUUACAAACCAGAGAAGAGAAGUCAUCGGUAAAUAAUUUUGAUGUUCCUCGCUUGAGGUUCAUUUUGACUUUGAUUGUCGACAGACUUAUAGCAUUUGUGAAUCGAUAAUUUUAUGAGCAGUUAGAAGUAAAAGCUUUCUGACAUGUGUCUUUCUAUUUUGUUUUUAUUUUUCUGAUACUGACAGUGAUUAUCAAGUUUUGGUGCAUAAAGUGAAUGACUGGUAUAACGAGGUUUCUGACUUCAAGACACUUGGAUCAGAUAUACAUAUUGCUGCUCAAAUCCCCGCUAAUUCUGUGAAUCCAUCCAUGGUUUUUGAGAUCGGAGAUGGUAAAACAUAUGAUGGUUAUGAAAACAAGCAACUGUCAAAUGGUCAAAAGUACAAGAUAUAUUCCAGAGGAUUGGCUCGC